ACCUUGGGCAUGUUUCUUCUUUUAGCCAACGCUGGGGCCUGUUAUCCAAAACAAGAUCCCUCAGAGCGUGGUGGCGGUCACAUGAUCUCGACGGAUGACCUGGAGUACCCGCGGGAGUACCGGACGCUGGGGAACGGGACGCGGCGUUUCUCCAACGUGGGUCUGGUGCACACCUCGGAGCACCGCCACACAGUCAUCGCAGCCCAGAGCCUGGAGGCCCUUACCAACCUGCACAAGGUGGACAUGGAGCGCAAGAGGGAUGCCUUCAUGGACCACCUGAAGAACAAGUACCCGCCCCAGCUGCAGCACCCCGGGCAUCAGCACCACAACCCCCCCUCGCCCUCACCCUCCCAUGGCAGCAUGAGGCAGCCUGACAGAGAGCGAGCCGCGCGCGAACAGCAACAACCCAACUACUGGAGCUUUAAGGUCAGUGCUAGUCGUAGCCCACGUCACUCCCAGUCCACCCAGUCUGGGCUAGCUGACCAGGCCGCUAAGCUGUCCUUUGCCUCGGCUGAGUCUCUGGCUGAGACCAUGUCUGAGGCUGACAUCCCCCUGGGGUUCAGCCGAACCGACCGCUUCCGCCAGAGUCUGCCCCUGUCCCGCUCGGCCAGCCAGAACAAGCUGCGCUCCCCAGGCGUGCUGUUCCUGCAGUUUGGGGAUGAGACGCGGCGGGUGCACAUCACCCACGAGCUGAGCAGCCUGGACACGCUGCACGCCCUCAUCGUGCACAUGUUCCCCCAGAAGCUGACGGCGGGGAUGCUCAAGUCCUCCAACACGGCCAUCCUGAUCAAGGACGAGGCGCGCAACGUCUUCUACGAGCUGGAGGACAUCCGGGACAUCCAGGACCGCAGCAUCAUCAAGAUCUACCGCAAGGAGCCCAUCUACGCCUCCUACCCCGCAACACACCUGGUCAACGGGGACUUGAGGAGGGAUCUGGUGUACACAUCCCGAGAGUCCUCCCCCACCCGCCGCCUCAACACCCUGCCCUCCUCCUCCGCCUCUCCCCCAUCCGGCUCCCCAUCCCGCUCCCGUCUGUCUUACAGCGGGGGUCGGCCCCCCUCCUUUGCCGGGCCGGGUAGUCACCCCCAGCUACAACAACACUCCCAGCACCAGCAGCACCCCCAGCAGCACCAGCCCCAGCACUCCCACCACCCUGGAGCCGGCUCCCACCACGGGGGCCCCAACGCCGGCCUGUCCUCCUCCCCUAGCGCCAUCCUGGAGCGCCGCGACGUCAAGCCCGACGAGGAAGUUUCUGGGAAGAACAUGAUGCUGGUGAAGGAGGGGCUGUAUGCCGACCCCUACAGCCUGGUACACGAGGGCCGCCUCAGUAUCGCCUCCACACAGUCGCUGGCUGCCAUCGGAGACCCCUUCGGCUUCCCCGUGUCUGGUGGGCUGUAUCGCCGCGGCUCUGUGCGCUCCCUCAGCACAUACUCUGCUGCCGCCCUGCAGGGGGAGCUGGAGGACGCCCUGUACAAGCCUGGAGGUCCCCUAUACUCCGACUCCUAUUCCUCAGCCACACUGGGCAUGGGCUUCCGCAUGCCCCCCUCCUCCCCCCAGAAGAUCCCUGAUAUGCAGCUGAGGGACAGGGGGGACUCGUACUCUAGCUCCCCCAGCCGAGCCUCUCCGGUCAGGCAGACCUUCCGCAAGGACUCAGCCUCCUCUUCCGUGUUUGUGGAGAGCCCCAAGUCCAGGCCCAGUUCCAGCUCUGACCCUCUGGUCCUGCAGGCCGGGCCAGGAGGGGACGGGAGCAGGUUUGCGCCCGGAUACAGCUCCCCACUCCCUGGAGAGACUUCUGAGUCCAGGGAGCGUCUGGAUCGUCUGGAUCGUAUGGAGGCCAUGGAGAAACAGAUAGCCAGUCUGACAGGCCUGGUUCAGAGUGUACUGACCAAAGCACCCGACAGUGACAGCACAUGCGGCCUACUGCGUCUCUGCAUGAUGGCGGGCUGCCCUCCGGACCAGGGCUCGGAGUUCUCACGGCCCUUCCCUUUCUCUUCCAGCGAGAAGACCGAAUCCAACAGCGACGGCUCCGCCACUGGAACUGGACGGCUGAAGCGGAAAGCUCUGACGCCGUCGGCCCCGCUGGCUCUGAUGCCCCCCCCUCCCUCCGGAGACAGCCAGGUCACCACCGUCACCCGGCUGCAGAUGCAGCUUCACCUCCACGACCUGCAGCAGAACGCCACCGACCUGCGCAAACAGCUCUCCCAGCUCCGCAAGAUGCAGCUCCAGAACCAGGAUAGUGUGAAGACGCUGCUGAAAAGAACGGAGAAGGAGCUGAACGUGCGUGUGAGUGACGCUCUGAGGAAGCAGGAGGACCCUCUGCAGCGACAGCGCCUCCUGGUGGAAGAGGAGAGACUCAAGUACCUCAACGAGGAGGAGUUUAUCAUCCAGCAGCUCCAUGACCUGGAGAAGUCAGUGGAGGAUAUCCAGAAGGGUUCGUCUGUCAAUCACAAACUGGUGACGGUUCAGGAGCUGGAGGAGAAGGCUUCGCUUCUGAGGAAACUAGGAGAGACACUCACAGAGCUCAAGAACCAGUUCCCCAGUCUGCAGAGUAAGAUGCGGGUGGUGUUGAGGGUGGAGGUGGAGGCUGUCAAGUUCCUGAAGGAGGAGCCACACAGACUGGACGCCCUGCUGAAACGCUGCAAGAGCGUCACUGACACACUGACCACUAUGCGCAGGCAAGUGAACGAGGGCGUGUGGAAGAAGCAGGAGGACUUCCCCAAGCACAGCAGUGAGGACUUCCGUAAGAGUUCUGACUUUGACAUGCCCACCAGCCCCCCUCUCAACCUCAGUGACCUGAGGGGCGGCAGCAGCCUGUCUAACUGGAGCCCCCACUCCAGCCACAGCCAUAGUCACAGUCAUGGUCAUGGACCCAGCCACCCCUCCUCUGGCCCUCACAGGGACAAUCAUCCCCCUGUGCCUCACAAGGGCCGGGCCCUGGAAGAGCUGGCCAACCGCGCUGCCGCUGAUAAGGCUGUGUCUGUGGAGGUUCGACUGGCAGCAGAGAGGGACUGGGAGGAGAAGCGGGCCAGUCUGACCCAGUACAGUGCUCAAGACAUCAACCGUCUGCUGGAGGAGACCCAGGCUGAGCUGAUGAAGGCCAUCCCAGACCUGGACUUUGCCGCCAAGCAGAUCAACAAGCCCUCCUCCAACACACCCUCCCAGUCUCAGACCCCCCAGAGUGGGGGAGGGACCACAGAGCACCGCCCUACCAAGCCCCAGCACGCCACACACAAGCUCUCGGGGAAGGAACCUGGCUCCAGACGUGGUUCUGAUGCAGAGCAGCUGACAGUGACUCGCUAUCGUACAGAGAAGCCCUCGAAGUCGCCCCCUCCCCCACCACCUCGACGCAGCUUCCCAUCAUCCCCGGCUGGCCUGAUCACCCGCAGUGGAGAGACCCUUAUCCCCGGCAAGAGCAUGAAGUCGGAGGUGGAGGAGGCAGAAGCACAGAAGCCCUAUGUGAAGCUGCGACGGACGGUGUCUGAAAACCUGCGUCCUGCGUCCACCCCUCCCACCAUCGCCUCUGGAGACAAGGAGGAGGGAGAGGAGGACAAGAUCGCUGCUGAACUGGAGCUGUCUAGAGCAUCGUUGGACCGCUCUGGCCUACAGUGGAAGCAGGGCAGCUCAGACUGCACUGCCAGCAUACUGGCAUCACACUCACAGGCACAGAGCACGGCCCUUCCUGGUCCAUCCUUCUCUCCUGUCCCCCGGAUUGUGCUGACAGAGUGUGUGUCAGUUUCACUCUCUCCCUCAGAAGGCUUUGUCAGAGACUUGACACAGGACCAUCAGAUGUCCCCAACAGUGGACCAGUCCCAGAGCCAGACUGUUCCUCCCCAGACAGUCCCCCGGAUCCAGGAGGUCUCUAAGGGGAAGGAUCCCGUCAGCCAGCCCCAGAGGAAGCCCUCUCGGCGGGGGGAGCUGAGAAUCCUGGACUCCUUUGAGAAGGAGGAAGAGAGGGAGGAGAGAGAAGAGCUGUCCUUGGUGCUGACUGAGCUGGGGGUGAUGGUGAUGUCACCCUCGGAGGCCCAGAAGCUCAGCAGGACCUGGGGAGAGGCUCUACAGACACUCACCAUCCCACCUCAGCCUUUAGAGGAAAGCACGGAAACCCGUCUGUGUGGGGCUCCACUACUGGUACUCUUCAGGGAGACUGUGACGGUCAGAGAGGCCUACAGGAAGCUGCAGUUACUGCUGGGCAGGGAGGAAGACACAGGGUCAACCAAGGUGGACCCCAAGCCCAGAGCAGGAUCUUCUCACUGCAGCCUGAGCAGCAGCCUCGGUACCCUGGGUUCCAGGAUAACUCUCGCCCCUGAGCAGCAGGACUCUCUGAGAGAGGUUCUGAGAAGAGGGGUGGAGACAGGGGCCAGGAACCUGAAACUCCCUCACAGCACUGGAACAAAGAGCAUUCUAGCCACCCUUCCAGAGCCCAGUCAGGACUCUGCAGAAGCAGCAGUGAAACCCAAAGGGUUUGCAGGUUGUAAGGAGAGCCAGGCCAGGGAAGAACAGGGACUGAACCCCUGGAAGCAGGGAGAGGACAUUAGGAGCAGCACCUACAGCAGGCUGGACAGCCUGGAUGAAACCAUCCGUGAGCUGGAGAACACCCUGCUGGAGCUUAGUGGCCACCCCACCACAGUGCAUCUCUCCAACCGCACACUCCCCACUGACACUUCCUUGUCAGAGGCUCCAGCCCCAGCCCAGAUGCCUGGCACCAGCACCUCAGAGACCAAGAAGCCCCCAGUCCCACCCAAGCCCAAACCCUCCUACACUCCUGCCACGAUGACCAAGGGAGGCAACAGCUCUUCAGCUGUGGGUAAAGUCCACUCCUCGGCUGCCUCUCGACUGAAGCACCUGCAGCAGAGCAGCACAGAGAAGACCAAAACUGGCAAGAGGGAAGACUUCCUCAAGGGCCAGCAGCAGUGAGGGACCAGCCCGUGCCUGUCCUCUCGAGACUCCUCCUCAGCACCAACCACCUGACUACAGAGCUGCAUCUGACCCCCACCCCAUCCCCUGCUACUCCUAGUCCAUGCCCUUAAGCCCCCCUACCCUCUGUUGGCUUAACCUGGGUAUUAGCAGUCUCUGACUCCUGUACCCUCUCAUGUCCUACAUUGACCCCACAAUGCACAAGAUAUCUACCACUCUCCCCUUGGUGUGUUUGCGUGUGUGUUCUGUAUGUUUGUGUGUGCGCAUGUCUGUGUGAAUGGAAGGGUGCUGUCGGGGACCACUACCAACUAUAUGACUGUACUCUCUUUUUUCAUUUCUCUUUUUCCCCCUGAAACCUUUCCAAUUUUCCCCAAUUCUCCAUGUUCCUCCUCCUGUUCCUCCUCUUCCUGGUCUGUCCCUGGGUCUGACCCAUAGGCCCAUGGGAACAGCAGCAGCAGUAUUGAGCCCCUCCUGUCAGGCACCAAAGCUGCCAGUUUCUCCGGCCGCCUGUCCUCCUCCAGUUCGGCCUCGACUGUGUUCGCCCCGGGUCUGAGGAAGUAUCCACAGGAGGGGGCGCUGUCUUCCCUGACAGUCUCCUCCAGCCAGGCCAAAGCACUGCUGGCCAGCCUGUCAGCCUCCAGCCUGUCAGCCGCCAGCCUAUCAGCCUCCAGCCUGAGCGCCGAGGCCCUGCUCCUCUCCUCCACCUUCCGCCAACACCGCCUCCUCCGCGAGCAGCAGCGCGCCUCCUCCCUGCCCCUGCCCAACGGCCGCUCCUCCAACUCCACCACCACCUCAACCACCACCUCCUCUUCCUCCUCCUCCACCUCCCCCACCUCCACCACCUCCACCCCCUCCUCCUCGCCCUCCUCCCCAACCCCCCUGACCUCCCUCAACCUCUCCUCCAUGGGGCUCAAGCCCAGCGGCCGCAGCCUGCAGUACUCCGGCUCCAACAGCUACAAGGAACGUGGCAGCAAGACCCUGCCUAAACCUGUCUCCCCUAGCAACUCACAGUGAAGUACAAGAGGGUGGUUGAGAGGAGGAGGAGGUGGAGGAAGAGGAGGAGCGCAAUCAAAGCACCAUCACAUGCCAAAAAUGAAGAGGAAAACAAACACACUAGCCCCGCCCUCUACCCUAGCCCUCAAUUCCAAGAGUCACAUGCAGCAACACAUAUUAGUGGGGAGUUCCCCAGAGUUGACUUUCUGAGUGUCACUUUGCUGCCCUUGGUCUCAGUCCAGAAGCCAGAAUCUUCACAUAUCUAUAAUUAUACAGUACAAGAGUUGAUGGUGGUUCCUCUCUGGCUCUCCCACUCAGUAGUACUGACAGUUCCCCAGACCCCCAGAGAGAGAGCUCAAAGAUGGACCUCGGCCUCCACUCCCUCCCACUGCCUUGUCUAGUCUGGUCUGAUCCGGCCUAGUCUGGUCUGGUCCGGUCUGGUCUGGUCUGGGUGGACAGAAAAACAGUGCCAGUACAUUAUGAACCCUCAGUUUAUCAUCGCACCAUUUGCCAAAUCUUACUGGAUGGAACCUAAGUGGAGUAGAUGUGAUAUCUAGACUGUGACUUAUAUUAUACAAAGUAGAGUUGCAAUAAUCAACGAGUACAGUACAGUAGCCGUGUGUGUUCAGAGCUAUAGCAGUCUUAUUCCAUCACCUGGCACAAUGUGAAUCUGUAGAGAAAAACAAAGCUAAACCAAGGUGGUGGUUUCCAUUCUGAGACCGUUUUCUGUUUGUUCCUUUCUUUAUUUCAGACUUAUUGCAUCGCCUGUGUAGAAGUCGAAACUGGUGCUAUAGUUCUCCCUGUUUUGUAAAGAGUUUACAUGAAUGAAACGGCUCCCAUUCAAUGUGACUGUACAUUCCACUGUUUAUCUAAUGCUACAUCCCUGGAGUGGCUUAAGGUUUCUUCUCUCCGGCAUCUGAUUCCGUUCUUACCCUCGUUCUCUAUGGCCCCACUAUUAACACAGCAGUUUGGCAAUGGAAGAAAAGGCCAGGGAGCUGCUUUUGUUGAGGUCCUCUGGUUUGAGAGUCUGCGCACAAUUGUAUCGCCCACAAUAGCACAUUAUAGGAACAGUAAUGUGAUGUUACAGUAGAUCAGUUAUUUAACGACUGAACUGGUGCAAUGAAGAAGGGGGAAAAAUAAAAUAUAUUUAAACAUUGAAAUUGAUCGUUAAAGAAUGUAGAAUGUGUAGACAUGAAUGUUGCACGACAAUCAGGACGUAUCCACAGUGGACGGGUUUUGCCUUGGACUGGAGUUCCCUGCUGCAGUGAUUACACUCUGAACUCAACACACGCUCGCGUGACCAGGCACCGGCAUACAGCAGUAGAUGCACGCACAGUCUCCGACACGCCGGUGAGACGGAGAUCCGCCAAACUGCUUAUGAAAAGCACAGUCUCCAGUUGUUUUGAGUCAGAACUCUUGACUAGAUUGCCCAUUUCUCUAUUUCAUGACUGUGGAACCACUGAUCAUGAAUUAACCCACACCGGUUUGAUAAUGCAGUCCUCUAGGUAGUGAUCGAUUUGAAUGGUUAAAAGGAACCGAAUGUUCGAGAGAGAGAAACGACGGCACAAAUGAAUUCCAUUUCAAUUCAAUUCCCGGAGAUGUGGACCAGCUGAUUAUUAUUUAGCUGAUAAUUUACAAGACAUGCGGCACAAUGACUUUCAUUUUGGCCUGUGUGUAUUUUCAGCAUUUGCUCGAGACAAAACCCACAAUGAGUUUAUCUGGACCUCCCCCGACACAGAAGCGGGCUUAGCCCACAGCUGUUGGUUUUGCAGUAGUAAGGUUGCCACUGGAAAUGGCUGCUUUUGUUCUGUGAUAUAUGUUACGGAGAAUAAUUCGGUUCAUGUACGAAGGCAGCUCCAGGGUAUAUGAGUGUUCUCCCCAUAAACCGGAGUGCUUACGCAGAUCACUGGCUCCAUUCCUCGCAGCUGACUUAAGAGCUUGGAAGUGUUAUAAGGAUAGAAACACACUUUCAUCAAAGACGUGUCGAUGGUUUCCCUGCUGUUAAUCUUACGCCAGCAAACACUCUGAAGCUCUCUUUCUUCUGUGAUGCGUCACCAAGGCGACCUAGGGGGUUAUGGCCGUGUGUAGUCCUCGUUCAUUCUUCAACUGUUCAGGAGACAAGUGCGUGAAAUCGAUUCUUUGUGGCAUUGAGAUGAAAACAAUUGCUUGUGAAAGAGGCCGGUGUCAAGUGCAGACAGCUUGAGGUGGGGAGAUUGGUUGUGGUUUUCAUGUUUGAAGGCUAGUGUAAUAACAAAGUGCUUUAACUCUUCUCUACUGGGUUCAUGAGGUGUAAAAGGGCUGGUUAGACAGGUUUAUCUGGACAUCAAUGUUUGACACCCUUUUGAAUUUAAGAAGGCUAUUAUUUUUUGCAACUUGCUAUCUGUGCUGUCCUUUGGGGGAGAUGUGUCUAUGAAUCAAACCCUUCUUGGAAGAGGUUCCCACUGGACCUGUAUGUCUGACUGCCAUGGUACUGUUAUAAUUGCACAAAAUGAUCGAUGUUGCAAUUUCCCCAUGAGAGAACAGAGUGGACCUAUCUGCUGGAACCCUCUGGAACUUUGGUUUCAUUGGAGACUCACCAAAAUACUGUUCUUGUAGGCUUAUUGCAGUACAGAUCAUGUGCACGUUUGUGUUUUUCAGGCCGAGGAACCUUGGUAUGAUGGCCCAAAUCACAUCAGCGGCUCCGACAACACAUGGUUGUAAAGAUCAGAACAAAGGGGUACAUUUUGGCCCACACACACACCAGAGUGUGUCAGAAUGUGGCCGUGGCAUCGCAAUAAGCACACCCUCUGUUCUGUCAGUGAGGAAACGGCAAGCUCACGGCGCAGCGAGUUAGUUAAGCCUCACGCUGGCUGCACUGUAGCGAUGCAGGACUCAAGCCCUGGGUUUUAUGAAGUGAAAGCCAAAUGAAAGAAAUUCACUUACUCAUUCAACUCCACACUCAAAUCCGUAACUCCCAGCGAUGCUUUUGCGUCUGGCAGGGUGAUGGGGAGGAAGUGCGGGAGGUCUUCACACUUCACUGCUUUUACACAGGAAAGUCCAAGAUGAGAACCCCAAGACUGCGUGACAAUGCUUUUUUGAGUCACCAUAGCACGAGUGUUAUUGGACAGGAGAUUUCAAUAUGGCUGAGUCUUGGAGGGGUUUAUUGGUCAUGGGGAUGAGGAGAGGAGAGUGGAAGCACUCGUAGUGAAAGCCCCUGGCAAUCAGAGAGAGAGUUCAUUGCAAACUUGAAAUGAAAAGUAAAAUAAUUAUACAUAUAUAAAUAUAUAUUCGUUAAGAUGUUUGUGUAUGAUAUUAAUAUAAUUGUGAAGAAAGUGUGACACAUAGGUCUGGAUUCAAUUAUUAUAAUGUACAAUUUAAAUCAUCCUCUUUUGGGGAUUUAUAUGAGUAGGCAUUUUGUACAGUUUUCAAUUCUUCAAGAGAGAUAAUGUAGUUCACAUUAGCAAAUUAUUUAUUCAUAAGCAGAACAUUUUUAUAUUGAUUUGAAAAUAUUUAUCUGUAUAGAAGACAGGACAGGUAUGUAAUAUACAGUGGAGCUCAUUUUUAAUUCUGGGAUAUUUUUAUUAGCACUAUUUUUAACAGUUGUGUGAGUUUCCUCUUUUGUUGGCCUGCUGGCCCAUGCUACUGGUAUGUUAAGGGAGAGGUUGCCCCUGAGCUGGUCCAGUACAAUGUCUGCUCCCAGGCCUCCACUAGCUAACAUUCAUUUUGAGGUAAGAGGAGCUGUUCCUAGACCUGUUCUUAGGGGCGUGCCUUUUCUUUGUAACUUCUGUUGGUUUACUUAGUCCUCUUCUAUUCUCUGUCCUAGUCUUUGUAUUACAUAGCGCUCCCUAUACCUGACUGAUGUGUUCUUCACCCUUGGCUAAAAUGAAUAGCCCAUACUAGAAACCCCUAUACUGGUAUUACAUCAGCAUGGCCCAAAGUUAUUAACGGAGAAGGAUCUCAGCAUUGAAACGUCAUUUAGGUUUCAAUGACAAACCAAGAGCCAGUAACGUGGAUAGAUAUUGAACAUUAGCUUUUUCUUCAUCAUCAUAAUCUUUGUCUAUUGAGACGUGUUUGGUUCUGUUUUUAAUAAAUGAAAGAGACAUAUGUCUAUUGUUUGACCUGCUGUCUGUGGUGUGUACAGAACUGUAUGAGGUUCUGACAUGAAUGUGUGGAUGUUCCAAAAUCUUGGCAUCGAGAAGAAAACAAAACAAAAUGAUAUGUAAAUAGACUGAGUAAUUCCUAGAAAGUUCAACAAAAUAUUAUGUCCAAAAUGAUGUUAUAUUCAUUCAAAGAUGAUGGAUUACAAAGGUAUAUUAUAAAACAAUGCAUGAAAUAUCGUCAAGCAAUCGCACGGUGCAGUUGAAAAGUGUUGUCUACAUGUUUUCUUAAAAAACAGAGCGAGAUAGAAAAAGCGGUGUACCACUUUCAAGGUUCACAACGGUAGAGAACCAGACCUUUUUACUUUGGAUCUUUCUGUGACACAGGCAUGCUCAGUCUCACUGUGAUCAGUGAUGCUACGGUGAUGAUGGCUAAGAGUGAGGAGUGUUCCCAACAAUCCAGAACGAUCCAGGGACGCUUCAACGCACCUUCACCAGAAAAACACACCAAUUACGAUCUCCCACUUGUAGAGUAGCGUGACAUAAUCAACAAUACGAGAAAAAAAAUUAGAUCUAUAUAAAUACCUACUGAUACUGGACAUUCUCAUUUAUCAAUGCGGAUGCCAUGAUAUUCUGUGAGAAAUGUGAUUUUUCUUUUUUUUUCUGUGAGAAGACUGGCAGUUGAACCUGCUUCCUUUUGUACAUACUUGCUGUGGUUGUGUGUCUAAUAAAGUGCAGCUCUCUUGUGCA